AUGGCAGGCAAUGUCGACUUGACGGGCGAUGAUCUCACCUACGAGCUCGACGCGAGAAGUGCCUCAUAUUUCCGCAAUCAAGCAUGGCCUCUACACAUGGAUCAAGUUGCUGCUCCACGAGCAGAUCCGAGGAGGAACAUAUCACCUAUUCAGACCACCAGCCAUGGUCUACGACAGACCACUAUGGCAGAGCAUCCAAUGAUGGAUAGCUGGAGGUUUCAAACGCAGCAACAACUUCACCAGCACAACCACAUAGACUUCUCCGCUCAACAACCGUCGUAUGAUAUGCACUUCGAAAGUCAAUUCCAUGGCCUCCCGAUACAUCCUUCGCAUUUGGCGAUGAUGCCUGUCUCGCAACCUUCCGUCACUACGGGCUUGUCUCUCGAAUCCACAUAUCUGCCCCUCGAUUCCGGCAUUGAUGGGAUGCCGCGAAACUGGGCCGAGUUCCAGAGCGAAUUGGUCAAUUAUACAACCACAGAUAUGGGACUUGCCGUAUCACCUUACCAACAGUUGACCAGCUCGCCAACUGGAUCACAUCUCGAAGUUUUGUCACAACCCAGUUCAUGUGACGAGCAUGGAUGGACCUUGGUGGAGCCUCGCUCCUCCUUCGAAUCCUAUGAGCGCCAUUUCUUCGUCGACCCGAAUCAGACUGUGCACAACAGAACGUUGUCGGAGUCGUCAUACUCGGACCUCGAACCUCAAGGGAAUGGCACGUUCAUGUCGACCCUGGAUAUGGGCCAUUCUCAAGCCGUGUACUCCCCAACCACCUUGUCUGACAGUGAUUUCGAAUUUCCGCAUUCUCACCGCCUCUCGAUGGACCAUGGUCCUGCUUCUACCACUAGCAUCAAUCCUACGGCUCUCGUUCGCUCAAUUCAUAACCCUCCCACCCAGUCUUCUGGAUCUAUCGUGCGAUCCCCUGGCUCUCAAGCCUCAGCUGGCUCGCCGGGUCGGAAGGGUUCACGGAAAAGUCAUAUUGCUGCCAGGUCGACGGAUAAAGUUGUCAAAAAGACUGCUCAAACGGGCAAAGCAGAGGGUGAGAAGCGUGUGGGGCGAAGGAGAGGCCCCCUCCGGCCUGAACAACGCAAACAGGCCAGUGAGAUCCGGAAGUUGAGAGCAUGCUUGCGGUGCAAGUUCUUGAAGAAGACAUGUGACAAGGGGGAGCCCUGUGCAGGAUGUCAACCUUCGCAUGCCCGCCUGUGGCAGGUGCCGUGCACUCGAAUUGAUAUUAAAGAGAUCGGGUACUUCUUGAAGGACUGGAAGUUCGACUAUGAACGACAUAUCUCCCUCGGAUUCUCCGUUGGCAACAUCAAAGGGUUCUCUGACACGGAAAAGACGUUAUUCAUAACGCAUGGAUACGGUCAUAUGUUACCCGUAACCGCCCGGGAGGUUUAUGUCAGAGAUGAGACAUGCCUAAAAUUGGAUUGGAUCGAGGCCCACCAAUUGUCGCCAGAAGGGUAUGAAGUUUCUACCGCCAAGUUGUCUGCUGGCAUGGAAGGUAUCUCGACGACCAUGCUGAGCGACUACCUUGACCGACACAUCGACGGAACCGGCACAUUUGAGAAGUUUGUCGACGACUAUUUUGAAGGCACUCCGUUUCUUUCGCAAAUGCUGAAGACCGCGUAUCGAUUCUACUUCAAGACCGGCUCCAAGAUCAUCAAGAAGGCUCUGAAGCUCAUGCUUGCCUACAAUCUGACCUUGCACAUCACCAUGGUUGAGGGAGUGCCGUCGGAAGAAACGUUUGUUGGAAAGAUAGAAGAGCAGACAUCCAAGUUCUUUGGCAAGACCAUGGCGCCUGUGAUGAUCAACUUCCAGAUCAAGUGCGCCAUGGCCGAUAUGUGGCGAGAGCUGCAUAAGGAUGUGCUUGAGGAACUAUCAAGCUUGUACUCCAGUGUCUACAGUGGGGACAAGCUCAAGAACUGGCCGACCAUCUUUAUUCUGGCAUCGGUGCUGUUGGCAGUAUGGGAAUGCAUGCAGUUCGACUGCCACUACCGCGUUCCUGACAGUACUGCUGUGGAUAAAUUCUGCAACGACAUGGAAACUACCCCAGUUGGUGUGGUUGUUGGCCUCUUCCAGGCCAUUUCUCAAAAACUGCCAUCCUUCCUUGAAUGGGACACCUCCAAACACCAUGCACUGUUGGCAUCCAACCCUGAUGUCUGCACCACCAUGACCGAGGUUCGAGAGCAUGUUACGCGAUAUGAAAAUUACCUUCGUGGUCGACCCAAUGCGCGAUUCGACAGGAAAGAUUUCGAUUCCCUGUCGAACAAGUUUCUGGCCAAGUUGGUCAUCCGAGCCAAUUAA